CAGACUUUAGAAAUCACUGGUUGAAGAUCCCAGAGAGGGGAAUACGGAGACUGUGUUGUACUUUUUAGGAGUUCUGGGCCGACAGGGAUUGAGAGAGGGCACGGAGAAGGAGCGCGCCAUCGCGGUCCUCCCCGCGUCACGCCGUAGUAGAGUCCCAAGAUGGCGGCCACCAUGAAGAAGGCGGCUGCAGAAGAUGUAAACGUUACUUUCGAAGAUCAGCAAAAGAUAAACAAAUUUGCACGGAAUACGAGUAGAAUCACAGAGCUAAAAGAAGAAAUAGAAGUAAAAAAGAAACAACUCCAAAAUUUAGAAGAUGCUUGUGAUGAUAUUAUGCUGGCAGAGGAUGACUGCUUUAUGAUACCUUAUCAGAUCGGGGAUGUUUUCAUUAGCCAUUCUCAAGAAGAAACACAAGAAAUGUUAGAAGAAGCAAAGAAAAAUUUGCAGGAAGAAAUUGACGCCUUAGAAUCCAGAGUGGAAUCAAUUCAGCGGGUGUUAGCAGAUUUGAAAGUUCAGCUAUAUGCAAAAUUUGGGAGCAACAUAAAUCUUGAAGCUGAUGAAAGUUAAACAUUUUAUAAUACUUUUUUUAAAUUUGUUUAAUAAACUUGAAUAUUGUUUAAAAUGAUAA